AUGGGGAAGCUCAAUAUCGCUCACCAUAAAUCCUAUCAUCCUUAUCGUCGUGAUAACAUCGAAAAGGUCCGCCGGGAUGAAGAGGAAGCCCGUCUCAAGGAAGCUAAAGAAGAAGGUAGAAUAUUGCUAGCGGACUCUGAAGCUCGUAUAGAUCUUUUGCGACAAAAAAAUAGGUCCAGCAAGAAACAUAUCGAUGAUGAGCUCCGUCAGCUAGCAUCUUCUUCGACAGCAGCACCAGCACCCACUUCCCUUUCUACCUCCGGAGGUCAUAUCAAUUUCUUCGAAGAUUUGGAACAAAAUGCUAUAGUAGCGGCUGCGAAAGCGUCGAAGAAGGAUUUACCAGCGGAGACAGAUAAGGGAUUCGCAUUGGCGCCUUCCGCCAAAGACCUGAAUCCUUGGUAUUCUGGCAGUUCCGAUCAGAAAAGCCUGGAUGAGAAUGACGAUAGAAGAAAGCGGGACACUGCUCGCAAAUCUAUUCACGACCCUUUAACCUCCAUAAACCACCAACUGGCUUCUUCGUCUACACAAUCAUCUGUCAAACCUCGCCUUACACGUCCAUCGCCUCCAAAGUAUCCUUUGCAACCACCAGAAGUUAACGCACGGCUAUCCCGGGAGUCGGCUGAACGAGAACGUGCGUUGGCGUUAAUUCGGAGGAAGAAGAGAGAGAUGAUGGGGAGUGAGACACCGAGUACUGUUCGUGGAGGAGACAGUGCUUCAGAGUACGGUGAUAUGUAUAACAGGAGGGAUGUUGAGGAUGCUCAUCGUCUUCGCGAUCAAAAAUGGGACGAUUAUAGACCUAGGCGGCGGGGCGAUGAUUAUCGUCGUUGA